AUGUCAGCGACGGUAGAAUGUGUCGAAGAAAGAAAGGAAGAGUCUGCUGAGCCUGAACAAGAGGAAGAUGUCAUAGAAGUCGACAGAGACACAUUAAGCUUGGAUCUAACCCGUACCCGCCUCAAAAAAAUUGAAGGUUUCGAAUUCCUCACAAAGAUCAAAACGCUAUGUCUCAGAUGGAACUUGCUGAAAACUAUUGAGGGACUGCAUACUCUCACAACGUUGACUGAAUUGGAUCUCUACGAUAAUCAGAUAGAGAAAAUAGAAAACCUCUCCACACUAGUGAAUCUCGAAACACUCGACCUUUCCUUCAAUCGACUCAACAAAAUUGAAAACCUGGAGAACCUCGUCAAUCUGAAAACGCUCUACCUGGUACACAACAAAAUCACCAAAAUCGAAGGUCUAGAGACGUUAGUCAACUUGGAAUAUCUGGAGCUGGGAGACAAUAGGAUCAAACGAAUUGAGAACCUUGAUGCGAAUGUCAACAUUGUUCGCUUGUUUCUUGGAGCAAAUCAGAUUCGAAAAAUUGAGAAUCUCGAGCACUUGAAGAAAAUCGAAGUGUUAAGCCUACCCGCUAACGCUAUCACAGUAGUAGAGGGCGUCUCGACGUUGUCUACUCUUCGUGAAAUCUACCUCGCUCAGAAUGGAAUCCAGUCCACUUCUGGAUUAGAAAAUCUGCAAAACCUGGAAAUCCUCGACUUUAACUACAAUCGUCUGCAUAAAGUUGAAGGCAUUCGACAUUUCAAGAAGCUCACUGACUUUUGGGCAAAGCAUAACAAGGCAAGUCUAGAAGACUGGCAGGUAUUUGAUGAAUUGGUUGAGCUACCUCAGUUGAAUCUCGUCUACCUGGAAAACAACCCAUUUUCUGAGGCACAAGAUUACAGGGCAAAAGCGAUCAGACUGCUUCCGCAGAUCACACGACUCGAUUCGACUCAAUGUCGCGAUCCAGCCACGCUGAAGGCUCCCGUAUUUGUGUGA